CUACUCGAACGGAGACCCAGAGACCGACGACAACUUGCGGCCUGUCUGCCUGGCCUGGCCUGCAGUAAAAAUGUUGUUUAGAAUUUUAUAGAGAUUUCAGUUUGUUGGGAGACGAUCGCCGAACGAGACCGUAGCAAAAAUAUUUCAUGUCGAGCAGCGGUACAGACCAAUAAAAAUAUAUAUAUACGUACAUAUCCCUACUAUACCUUAUAUAUAUAGUAUAUUCAUGUGGUACCAGCUGGCAGUGGCAGUUUUGAGUGCGGCAAGACGCGUCAAGUGAAAUCGAAUUAUAUUAGAAGCAGAAGCCAGAAACAGCCUCCCGACCAAGAAGACAACGACAAAAAGAUGACGACACAGCAAUUACUCAAUAAAAAUGUUCGAAAUAUGCCCUCAUGGGUGAUGGAAGCAAAUGAUCGUAUUGGCCCCAAGCCACCGCCCCUGCCCCCAAAUGGGGUGGCCAGCAAUGGCGGCAGUCUGCCCAAGGCACCGGCCCUGCCGCCCAAAGUGAAGACCACGCCAGAGCCCGACUACGAGGUCAUUGAGUUCUCCAACCAGCAGCAACAGUACUCCAACGAACCCCUGAAGACCACAAUGAUCCGAACCAAGACACCAGACAACAAAUUGAAGUGCACCCUGUGCGGCUCCCAGAAUCCGUGGGUGACGUGUGCCGAGUGCGCGGGCCAGAUCUUCUGCGCCUCCUGCGACGACAUGUUCCACAAGCAUCCCAAGCGAAAGCAGCAUAUUCGAAAGGCCGUGGAGCAGGGCAUUCCGCCCAUACCACCCAAGGUGCAGCCAGGUGGUGGUGGACCAGCAGCACCGGUGGCGCCACCGCGCCGCAGCAAGCGCGGGGGGCUCUUGACACCGUUCCUGGGACGGAAGGAUCAGAUGCUACCGCCGCCCUCGCCCACACCCUCGCACAAGUCCACGCACAGCGGCUGGCGGGGAGGCGCCGCCACACCACCGUUUCCGCCGGCUUCCGCUCCACAGCUGAUGAACAAUCGCCCGCUGCCGGAGCCGCCAAGGAGUGAGGGUGGUGGUUCCUCCCGGUCCGGCACGCCCAAGUCCGUGUUCGAUGCCAUACAGAGGCCACCGUCCGUGCAGCUGGAGAAGAUCAAGAGCAAGGCCAGUGCCACGCUGGACCGCAUGGCCAUCCUGCAGCAGAGAUACCGACAGCAGAAGGCCGAGCAGCAGCCGCUGGGACUGGAUCCAGGCGAUGAUCAGCAUUUUUUGAAUGGAUCGGGCUUCGAGCAUUGGUCAAACAUCUCACCAUCGCCCUCGCAUUUUCGUUCCGGCAGCAUGUCAUCCGGUUUGAAUUCAUCCCAUUUCGAUCUCUCGGAUGAUCUCUCACACAAUUUUCACUCGAAUUCCCUGGUGUUCCAACAACAACAACAACAACAACAACAACAACAACAACGACGACAGGCAGCGGGUGCCCAACGCCGUCAGAUGAGCACUUCGGUGUUCAAUUUGAAUACCGCCUCGAACGCGAACAACCGCAGGCCCCUGGCAUCGGAGACAACACAGAAUGGAGGCGGAGGAGGAGGAGGAGCCGCCUGGCUGGCCAAUCAGCGGAUGCAACAGGCCCAAUCCAUGGCGCAGUUGAACUGCACUGGCUGCCAGCAGAAUCAGCAGCGAGGUGGCUGGCCCCAGGCUCACCAACAGCAUCCCCAGCAUCCCGAUGAGUGGUCACAGUUCGGCUCCCAGCAGCACUUCAAUCACUCGAAUCUCUCGCUGAACGUGGGUCCGGGCUACAUGCCACAGCAGCAGCAUCCGCAUCAUCCCCACUAUCCGCCACCUGUGUUCAUGACGCAGAGGGGCAUGGUGCCGCACAUGUAUCCCGGAGCACCGGGCGGCUAUCCCAUGAUGCAUCCAGGUGUCAUGGGCAUGCCUCCGUCGACUUCCUCUCGAGCCGCCUCCCGUGCCCGCUACGCCGCCUCGCCCACACCCAGCCGGAAGUCCAUGUCCAUGCGACGGAAGCGAAGCAGCUACGGGGACGAUGAGCUCACCGAUGAUGAGGACUCGGAUCAGGACGAUCGCCGGUCUCUGGUUUCGAACAGAUCGGCCAUGACCAGCGCCUCGCGAUCCCACCAUCAGCACCAUCAGCACCAUCCGCAGCAGCGUCAGCGGCGUCUGUCGAGCGCCUCCCAGUUCAUCGCCAACGACGAGGUCGACGGCGAUCAGAGGCAUGGUUCGAGGCAGCACAAGCUGCGGGAUCGUCGUGGAUCCAUUGCCAAGUCUGUGCAGAGUGAAUGGCUGCCAGAGAGGCGCGACUCCAAUGCCAGCAAUGCCGAAGGGACACUCAAGAGAAGUCAAGCAGUCCCCGCGGAAGCACCCGGCCGAACGAGUCGGAUCUACUCCGAUCUGGAGUCGGAGGGUUCGGGCACACGGGCCUUGGUCCAGGCCAAAAUACAGCAGAAGCUCCAGGAAGCGCAGGAUCAGCACAAGUCCGCGAAGAAAUCCUCCGAGCACAAACGGAAACCAGAAAUGAAGGACGAGAACACACAGGCCGCAGCAGUGGUGCCGAAAGUGCUGCCAGCCCAGGAGGAGAGCGCCUCCGAGUACGAGGAAGUGGUGGAAGAAGUCACGGCCUCGGAGAGUGAGGCAGAGGCCGAAAGUCCGGAGCAACUCCAAGCCACACCUGAAGAGGUGGCAGAAGAGGAGGCAGAUGACCUGGGACCGCCGCCAUCGACACCGGAUCACGAGUGGGAAUGCGAGUUCUGCACGUACGUGAACGAGCCGAACAUUAAGAUUUGUUCGAUAUGCUGCAAGACGCCUAGCAAGCCCCCAUUGCCACCAAACAAAUCAACGAAGACAGAGGCCAAUAAGCCCAAGAAUAACAACAAACCGGAGGCCCAAAUGGUGCGCAGGUCCUCGUUGAAGUCCCAGAAGCCAGCCAGCGAGAGAACCACCAGUGGUACGAGCACUUCGACAGCCCCAAGGGCAGCCCACACAGCCGCCAGUAGCUCCAGGACCUCCCCAGCAGCCACUAGCCACUCCCAGAAGACCACAGCAGCUCCAAGCCACUCCCAAAAGACCACAGCAGCUCCGAGCCACUCAAAGAGCACCACAUCGGCCACAACUAGCUCCAGAAACUCCACAAGCAACGCCAAGACCUCCACAGCUGCAACAAGCAGCACCAAGAGCUCCUCUACAACGUCCACAAGCCACUCCAAGAUCUCCUCCGCACAGCAGAACAACGUAAAGCCCAGCCCGAAGCCAGCGCUGAAGACGUCAUCGGAAAACGAGUCCGAUAACUCUCUGGCCAGGGGCUUCAUCCAGAAAGAGUCCGUGGAGAACAUUUGGAACACUCUGGAUGAGAGCAUACAGGCCCAGGCGGAGGAGGUCUUCAAGCAGGCCCAGAACAAGGAGCCCCGCGAGGUGAUGGAAAUGGGCACCUCGCCGCCGCCUCAGAGCAUCUCCACACAAACCUACGACGCUCUGCCAUUUGUCGCAAAGAAGGAGGAACCGCCAGUGCCGGAGCGCUUUAGGACCCCGGAGCCCAGCACCAAAAUGGAACGACGUCCCUACUAUCGCAGCAACUCGCAACUGCCGCAGGAGAACGACCGAUAUCGCAGUGCGAAUGAUCUGCGAUACGCCAACAACGAAGGAGGAUCCUACGGCCUGGAUCCUUUCAAUACGGGACAGGUCACGAGGCGACCCAACUUUAUAAACGAUCUACGAAUGCUGCAACACCAAUCAUCGUCACCCUUUGACCUGCCACAUGACUCGUUUUCGCUGAAUCUGAAGCACGAGCCUGCCAGAGAUCCCGAGACCGAAAUGCACAUCAUUCUGAAGGAGCUGGAGCUCUACAAAUUCACGGUGGAAGAACUGGAGGCUGCGCUCAAGUACUGCUCCCCGGACACCCAUCCCAUCCAGUGGCUGCGCGAGAACUGGCACAAGCUGGUCCAGACCGUCCAGAGCUUGUCCACGAAAUACGGCCAAGAGCGGGGAGAGAACACCAUUGGCAGCAUCUCGCAGAACGAGGCCCGAGAGGCGCUGCGCAGCUCCAGCGGGAACGUGUGGCAGGCGGUGGCCGACUGCAUCCAGCAGCGGCAGCAAAAGUACCGAAAGCUGGCCUCCAAGGGGAACUUCCUGCGGGAGGACAUCGUGAAUGCGCUGACGGCGCAUCAAGGUAAUGUGGAGCAGGCGCUGCUGGAGCUGAAUCGCACACAACUCAAACCAUUUCUAAUGCGCAUCUGGGGCUCGCCGAAUGGCGUCGAGAACGAGAGUGGAGCCAUGGCGGCCAUAGACACCAAGUCGGAUAUCACUGAUUUCCUCAACACUCAUGCUUUGGAUUGCCUGCAACAGCCACAAAUACAGACACAGUCACAGAUACAGAUACAGCCCUUCGACUUCGAGGACAGCCACAGCAGCCCUGCCAAGUCCACGUAUGCCACCCCCAGUCCCUACCAGCUGGAGGACAGCACGCUCAAGAAUCUCGAGAUCCUCAUCGGCAACAUGGAGCAGAACCAGGCGAAGCAAAACCAGGACGUCCUGCGCUCCAUCGAGAGCAUGCUCGAGACCUUCAAGGGCAAGCCGGAUCUGGAGUACGAAACGGAUCCCGAGGUCAUGCGCAUUCUCACCAAGAGUCCUAUCAGCGCUCUGAAGCCGCUAGCAUCGUCCUCCCUUGUCGAGGACAAGUCCACGGAGGAUGUAAAGAACUUCGUCUGGCAGCAUAUCCAGGAUAUUGUGCCGAACCUUGUGCAACAGGUGGAACAAGAGCUCAAGGCAGAGCCACAGGCCCCAUCCACUGCAGAGCCAGUGGAAGAAGCAGAAGAACCCCCUCCAAAAGAGAAGCUAGAACCCAAAAAGGAGCCUCCUCUGACCAGAGAGGAGCCUCCUGUACCAAAAGAGGAGCCUCCUGUACCCAAGGAGGAGCCUCCCGUACCCAAAGAGGAGCCUCCUGUAGCCAAAGUAGAGCCUCUACCAGAGCCGGAGACUGUGCCAGAACCCGUUGUCGAUCCUGGGGUAUAUAUAAUGGAGGAGUUUAUCAGACCCAACAUUCGAGAAGCCUCCAUACGCGAGGAACUUGCCACAAACUUUAUUUAUGCCACAGAAAUAGCCAACUUCAAAUUGGAGUUUGAUCGUGGCAUCGAAAGGCUGCACGAGGCGGAGUGGGAGCCCGAGGAUCUGGAAGAUGCCGAGCACAUUGUUUACAAGAGUUACACAGCCCCCAAUGAGGAGGCACCGCCACUAGUAGAGGAGGUGCCAGAACAAGCUGCAGAAACACCAAAAGAAACUACACUUGAGACUCCAAUUGUCCCUGUAAAGACUGAAGACGUAGCGACACCUGUUGUUGCUCCUCCAAAUACAGAAGAAACCCACUUGAAAGAUACUUUGACAGAAGCCCCAACUGCAAAAGAAAUCAAAGAAGAUGCUUCGGUGGUCCCCAAGGCGAUUUUGCAAAAGGGUCUCUCCCAAGUGGACCUCGAUGACAGACCCAGCACGAGCCGGGAAGGAGCCAAUCGAAGGAACAAACGAUCGCAGCAAUCCAAAAAGGCUCGAGCUCGUGAGCAGAGUCAAAGGCCUGUGAACAGGGCCCGGCUUCCUCCCAAAGACGCUGAACAGAAACAAAGUGAAGCCAAAGAGGUCCUGAGAGAUACCACUCCUGCAGAAACAGAAGCCCCAAAAGAUGCUACUCCUGCAGAUAGAGAAAUAAAGAGUGCUAGCCAAGAGGUGCAAAUCAAAGAAGAAAUCGUUGCUAUUCGGCAACCCACAGAGCCCAUGGCUGGAAAUGCUUCUAGUGAGAUCUCAACAGAGAUACAAAUCGAAGUAAAGAAAGACGAACAAGUCCUACCAGAUUCAGAAUCCGCUGUGAUUGAAUCGACUGUGAAUGCGAAUAUAUCUCUCUCAGUCCAAGAGGAAGCUAUUACCCCGAUAGAAGCAAUUUCCGAAGCUGUAAAGGUUAAGGUCUCCGAAUCGGAACAUAUUGUUCACACCCAAACAGUACCUCAAUCUCCAGACACCCUUGGGCAGAACUUCGAACCCAUUGAAGCUAAAGAUCAACCCGAAGAAAGGACAGCGGUAGAGGAAGACCUCGCUUUGACCGUCACUUCUCAAGCAGAGGAUAACUCAGAGGAAACGAUUGAAACCAAUAUCGAAGAAUCGCUUGCUUUCGAGUCUUCUCUCAUACAAAAACCUCUACCUCUCAUCGAACCACAAUUCACAGCCGCAGAGGCCGAGGAAACCCGCAUUACGACGCCAACUAAAGCCGAUCAAAAACGUGGCCUAAAACGGUUCUCUAAGAUACCCGUGAGAACUUCCAGUACCCAUAGUCUGCGCAGUGAAAGUAGAGCCAGCAAUCACACACCAACUGGAGCGGAAGAAAUGGAGGAGAGAGAUCCACUUCAGCAGGAGCAGAUUGUUACCAGAGAAGAAGAGACCCGCAGAAGAGCAGAAGAAACAACCGAAGAAAGUCAGGUGGCUUCAACGAAUUCAGGACUCCCCAAGACAACAGCUCAAUCCAUCGAUUCGGAGCAAGAAACAACACCAGUUAGUCCCGUAGAGUCCGAUGAGAUAUUCGAGGAUGCUCCAGAGUUCAGCAGCAACGAGGGAACCCGACCACAUGACGAGGAGGCCGCCUCCGAUACAGAGCUCUACAGCAUUGGCGACAGCGAUGAACAGUCGCUGCGAGAAGACACCAAGUCCCCAGAGAACCCAGAAGAAGAAGUACUCCUUGUGAUUGGCGGGGACUCUGCUGCACAGGACGUGGCCAACAGCAACAUCAGCAUCGAGUCGCAUUCAAGUCAUUCGGAAACGUCCCGAAUGGUCCUGAAAGAGUUCGUCCCCUCGGGAGAUCCGGCCAAGCAAAACCUCAGCGAACUCGUUUCGGACACUCAGCGUCUGAUCAAGCAAAUGCGCGACGAGAUCAGCCUGGACGACUUCGAGUCCACCGACGAGGACGAGUACUCGGAUGAGUAUUCGGACGAGUACGACGAGGGCGAGGAGGAGGAGUGGUACGACAGCGAGGGCGAGGAAGAGGGCGACUUUGACGAGGAGGAUGGCACGACUUACAACGAGCACACAUCCUUCGUGGGAGAUGCCUCCAGCGGUGACGAGGGCACCGAAAUCGAGGACAUCAUCGAAGAAGAUGAAGAGCAGGAGGAGGAGGAGGAAGGACACACACAGAAAACGAACACCCAUGAAGCGCCAGUCCCCGAUCCCUCACAAUCAGUCACGCCCACAAGCCAUGAUGUCCCAGAGACUGAGGUUGUUUCGUCCACAGGAAACAGUCUUAUGUUGCCCCAAGUGGAGGCCGUGGAGGAGGAGCCAGCAACUGAACUCCCCUCCAGCACUGUCGAGGCCCUGCCCAUACAACCUCCUGCCCUCAUAGAAGAUUCCGAGAGUCGUCCCGUCGAACCACCCACUGAAAUAGUCCUAGAAGUCCGCACAGAAGAAGUGGAAGAACCCAUCGCCCUACCCAUAGCACCGGCACCACCCAUAGUCGAUUCCGAGUCCCGUCCCGUGGAGCUGCCCGUUGAGACCGUGUUGGAAGAGCCCAAAAAGGUAACAAGCCCGAAGCAAGCGAAAACAGCUAACAAGACAGGCACAGCCCACACUGAGGGAGGUGCCACACCCAAGACAGCCAAGUCCACGAUCAGUAAAAUACCUAAACCCACAAACGAACCCACUCCAAGCACAAAGAAGCAGCCACUCCGCUCCAAGUCCUUCUCCGCACCCAUGGGCAUAUCGUCCGUGAAGCGCAUCCAGCAGGAGUACCUGCAGAAGCAGACGACCCUGACAGCCAGUCGAGUGCCCCUCAAGAGCAGUCCCACCACCAAAAAGUCCAUCAGCGAGGCCAUCAGUAGAUUCAACACGAAGACCUCCACGAUGCCGCACCUAGAUGGACCCAGCACGAGCGGAGCAGCGGCCGCGGCUGCUGCGGCACUCCUGAAGCCACGCUCCCAGCCUCGCAUUCCCAAAAAGAAGUACCACGAGACCUGCUUCUCCGACGAUGACUAUGAGACCUCGGCCAGCGAUGGGGAGGAGCCAAACGAGGAUCCGCAGACCACGGAGCCCCUCAAGGCAGAACUUCUAAAGCGUAAGCUGAGUAUCCCCGUCUUCCGGGCAUAUCCUAGUGUCCAGGAGCCUGUCCUAGAGGAUCCAGCGGUCCUGGCCCGCAAGUACGUGGCGCAAGGCACGCUGACGAGCAUUGGCGAGGCCCAGAUAGCUGCCACCUUGGUGAACAUGAAGUUCCAAGAGGACGUGGCCCUGUGGGCGGCCAGGGAGUGCUCGGACUUGGACCAGGCCAUAGCCAUGCUGCAGCAGGACUGUGAGCUGUGCAUGAACACGUUCCCGAUGAACCAGAUCGUGUCCAUGCUCAAGUGCACCCACAAAUGCUGCAAGCAGUGCGCCAAGAGCUAUUUUACAGUGCAGAUCACCGAUCGCAGUAUCAAUGACUGCAGUUGCCCCUUCUGCAAGCUGCCAGAGCUGAGCAACGAGCAGCAGCACGAGGACGAGCACCUGGAGUACUUCUCCAAUCUGGACAUCUUUCUCAAGAGUAUUCUCGACACCGAUGUGCACGAGCUCUUCCAGCGCAAGCUCCGCGAUCGCACCCUCCUGCAGGACCCCAAUUUCAAGUGGUGCAUCCAAUGCUCGUCGGGCUUCUUCGCCCGGCCCAAGCAGAAGCGUCUGAUUUGCCCGGACUGUGGCUCGGUGACAUGUGCCCAGUGCCGCAAGCCCUGGGAGCGACAGCACGAGGGCAGCAGCUGUGAGGCCUACCUGGAGUGGCGCCGCGAGAACGACCCCGAGAAGCAGGCACAGGGUGUCCAAGAGCAUUUGGCCCAGAACGGCAUUGACUGUCCCAAGUGCAAGUUCCGCUAUUCGCUGGCCAGGGGCGGCUGCAUGCAUUUCACCUGCACUCAGUGCAAAUUCGAGUUCUGCUACGGCUGUGCGCGUCCCUUCAUGAUGGGCGCCAAGUGCCAGGUGUCCUCGUACUGCGCCAAGCUCGGCCUGCACGCCCAUCAUCCGCGCAACUGUCUCUUCUAUCUGCGCGACAAGAUACCCCUGCAGCUGCAGUUCCUGCUCAAGGAGCAAAAGGUCACGUUCGACACGGAGCCCGUACAGGUCCAGGACGAGCUGAGUAGCUCGACCACGGCCCGAGCCAUGGCCCGCUGUCCCAUACCGCUCCAAAAGGAGACGCCCCAGGGCCUGGUGGACACCGUAUGCAACACGGAAGUGCCCGACAAGCAUGCGGGCAUGUGUCGCACCCACUAUGUUGAGUAUUUAGCUGCCAAGGUGGCCAAGGCCGGCAUCGAUCCGUUGCCCAUUUUCGAUCUAACAGACUGCGUGCAGGAACUGCGUAGGCGCGGCAUCGCCUUGCCCGAGCGCGGACCCUGGGACACCGACGAGAUCUACAAGACCAUGUGCUCCGAGGUAAUCAAACAGCAUAUUCCACUGAAGUCGGCCUGAAGUCGAGGGAGGAGACACCGGCGGAGUGAUGGAUGAUGAGUGGAACGCUCUGUUUCGACUGCUGCAAUUCUUCAUUCAUUUUUUAUGAUUUACGGCAAACAUUUUUAUAGACAUUUUAUAUCGCACGAACACACACAAAUUUUUGACAGCUCGUUAGACUUUAGACACCUACAGCCCCAUCCAUAAAUAAAGCCUCCCCCCUACUAUUUGUUUAGUUACUAAGCGAUUGAGAACAACAGCCCCAAAGAACCCCCCCAAAAGAUCUGCACGUGGACCAAAGUGCAUCCAAUAAACCGAAUAUACAAAUAUGAGAAACCAA